CUAGAAAAUUAGCGGCCUACGCUUCAAUGAACCGAGGGGUGACGAAGCAGCUAUGGACCGGCUUACGCUGUCUGUACACUUCAUCUACUCGCACCAUUUCUUCAAGCAGUAACCAAGCUUUUCUUGACAAAAACUCGAGCAUAAACGCGUUUGUCUGCACGAACGAUGCGGUGGAAUAUUCGGGAGAUCACUUCCCAUUGGGGAAUGUUAUUAUCGGGGUGAAGGACAACAUUUGUACCUCCAAGCUUCCUACAACAUGUUCCUCUGCAAUACUGCAAGGUUUCUUGCCCCCAUUCAAUGCCACGGUCGUCAAAUUACUGGAAGACGCUGGUGCUGUAAUGCUUGGAAAGACCAACUGUGAUGAAUUUGGAAUGGGCUCUCUAAAUGUACAUUCAGUCCAUGGAUCAGUGGUUAAUCCCUUCCAACAUCCGUCCUCAACCCUCGCCUGGGAAAACCGUGAACGCCGAUCAGCCGGGGGAAGUUCUGGAGGCAGCGCUGCGGUAGUGGCUGCCAAAAUCUGUGAUGCUGCAAUUGGUACAGACACAGGUGGUUCUAUUCGGUUGCCUGCCGCGUACUGUGGCGUCGUCGGGUUAAAGCCGUCCUAUGGGUUGCUGAGUCGAUGGGGCGUCGUAUCUUAUGCAGACAGUCUGGACUGUGUCGGGAUCAUCGCAAAGGAUAUCAGCACAACGAAACGGGUUUUCGAUGUACUCAAUGUCCACGAUGAACGGGACCCCACCUGCACAAACCGAUCAAUCAGGCGUGAAGCCUCUCACGCCGUUGAGAUUCAACUGAAAUCUUGGAGCAACUUAAAAGAGAGAAACCUCCACGGAAUAAAGAUAGGCAUACCCGAGGAAUAUUUCCCCUUUGAAUUGUCGGGUUCUGUAGUGAAAAAUACUCGGAGCACGAUUGUCUCACUGAAGAGUCUAGGUGCUACUAUUGUCCCUGUGUCUUUGAAAUCUACGUCGUUCGCUCUCAGCGCGUACUAUGUCAUCGCCAGCGCCGAAGCAAGUAGUAACCUAGCUCGGUAUGAUGGUAUCCAAUAUGGAUUGCAUAUUAAGCCGCCACUCGGAGCGGACCUAACCAAAACUUCAAAGAUUUAUGCGCAUACUCGGUCGAAAGGAUUUGGCUCUGAAGUUCAGAAACGAAUUCUUCUCGGGACUUACUCUUUAACCGCUGAUUCAUUCGAUAAUUACUUCCUUCAAGCCCUUCGAGUACGCCGACUAGUCAGGGACGACUUUGAUCGUGUGUUCCGCAUGUCGAACGUUCGGGUCUCCAAUCAAAUCGCCAAUGCCGACGGAGUUGAUGUUUUGAUGCACCCAUCGGCCAUUCGUACCGCUCCUCUUCUGGAUGGGGAGGAAGAUUCAUCCGGCUUAGAGGCAUACGUACAAGACGUGUUGACAGUGCCGGCGUCCUUAGCUGGUUUACCCGCAAUAAGCGUACCAAUAACCAACAAGGAAGAUGAUGGAUGGCCGGUAGGGAUUAGUAUAGUCGGACAAUGGGGUUGCGACGAUAUGGUUAUGAAAAUUGGAGAAGUAAUCGAGUCACUCAAUUCUAAUCUUUGAUCCCCAUUCAGUGCUAUUGUUGUGGCGUCGGAAGUGGGGC